CGGAAGUUUUUGUUUCCUCACCUGUCAGUUCUGGCACUGUGCGAGAGUCCAGCCUUGUCUCUUUGUUUUUCUCCGAGAAAGAGGUCUUCUUUUUUCAAAAAUAAAUGCUAAUCCCGUGUGAUCAACUGACAACUAAUUGAGGACAACAUCUAACACGGUCUUCUAUCUGCUACAGAGUCGGCCUGUGCAGGCAUGGAGCCCCUGGCAGUGGAUGAUGACAUUUGCAUCCUUAAACAUGAGACGGCCUACACCGGUGCUGGCGAGAGUCCUGUAUCGGUGUGUGCCGGCGAUGAAUCGGUCGCUUCCCACUUUGCCCUGGUCACGGCCUAUGAGGACAUCAAGAAGAGGCUGAGAGACACCGAGCGAGAGAAUACCUUGUUGAGGAAGAGGGUUAAGCAGCUGGAGGAUAAGCUCUUCAGGCCAGAGGCUCCUCCAUCAGAGGGUCCCCAGUACGUGAACAAGGCCUUCAGUGCUUACCGAGGUAUCUAUAUAGAGAAGGAGGACCUGCAGAUGGAGCUAAACAAACUGAAAAAGGAGAAGAGUGAUAGUGAGAGGUUGCUGACGGAGCAGCUCCAGGCCAAAGAGUUGGAGCUGCUUCAGCUGAAGACGGAGAUGGAGACCAGCCAAGUGAUGAAGAGCCUGAACAGCCCUCAGGACUACUGGCAGGUGGACAGGGUCAGCACUGAGCUAAAGAUCCACAAACUCCAGGAGGAUGAGAGGGUGACACUGGAAAACAGUAGGCUGCUGGAGAGAAGUGGGGAGGAACCCCUUGGCCUUAACGGACCAGACUUGGACCAGACCUGUGACACAAAGUACAAUACAAGGGAGAGGAGCAUUCAGCAGACAUACGAGUCUUUGUGCUGCGAGGUCACUCGUCUCCAUUCAGAGCUGAAGCACCAAACGGGCCUGAUUAGGAAACUUAGGCCACUCAACAGUGAGACAAGACAAGCUGCCUCCACAGUUCCAGUCCAGUGUCUGGACGACGUGGAAAAGAACAACCACCACGCAGUUCCUCGGGCGUCAGUGCCUCGCCCCCCUAGUGCCCCCCCACUCCCCUCGUGCUCCGGCCGCCCCUGCCCCCCUGUCGGCGGCCCGUCAGGCCCCAUGCUGCCGGACAGCUUGAGGGAGGACUGCUGGUACAACGGGAUCUGGCCCUCCCAGAGCUGUUCAGGAGAGGCUCUGGUUGGCAGCGAAACCUGCUCGGUCGUCCUGCCCCCGCCCCCCCUGAACCAAGCCUCCCUGGACGACAGCUCGCGCUCCUUCCCCAGCCCCCCCAAACCCAGUGAUGCCAUGUUCUGGGAGGGACACUCCACUGCAUCCAACUCCUCGUCCUCCAUUGGAAACUGCAGUCCCAGGAGCCCCCCCAAUGCCGAGUGGGCCAAGCCCUAUUGAGGGGAAACUUCGGUGGGAGAAUAGAUGAUUAAAAUAGUGUGUAAUUGG